AUGACCAACAAUCGUAUUAUCAGUAGCAGCAGUGUCGAGAACAGUGACGAAAUCACCAAUAGUAGCAAUCUUCAACAGCUUUCUUGUUUGCAGGUGUCAGUAGGAGAAUUUUCCCUUGCACUAAAACACAUCAGCGACUCAACAGAGAUGGGCCAGUGGAUGAUAUAUUAUUUCAUCACUGAAUUAGAAAAGAUUUGCUAUCCUGUCCUUGCUGCUGUUGCAGUUCUUGGAAUCAACUCUCUCUCUCUGACUAGUUCCUACAAAAUAGUAGAAGUGGUCUUCAUUGUUAUUGCAGCAGGAUCUUUAAGUUUGGCAACUAUUAUUGGAAACAUUCUGGUCAUAGUGUCCAUCAAAGUAAAUAGACAUUUGCAAACUAUUAAUAACUACUUCAUUUUCAGCUUAGCCUGUGCUGAUUUGAUUAUUGGUGCAGUCUCUAUGAAUUUAUACACCAUUUACAUUGUAUAUGGAAACUGGCCACUGGGUUCAAUAGCAUGUGAUUUCUGGCUUGCUGCAGAUUAUGUUGUCAGUUAUGCCUCUUUCAUGAACCUCCUUAUGAUCAGUCUUGACCGCUAUUUAUGCGUGGCAAAGCCUGUUAGCUACCCUUUGAAGAAAAGACCUAAGCUGGCCCUGGUGAUGAUUGCAGCCGCUUGGGUGUUGCCCUUUAUCAUGUGGGCACCGUCCAUUAUCUUCUGGCAGUACCUCGUCGGGGAGCGAACAGUUAAUGAAGGUGACUGUUACGUACAAUUCUUUUCAAAUCCUGCUAUCACUCUUAGUAUUGGUAUAGCUUCAUUCUAUCUCCCUGUUUUGAUCAUAGCGAUUUUGUACACAUUCAUAUCUCGUGCAAGCAAAAGUCGAAUAAAACAGGUUAAAACAGUAUCUGAAAAAAGUAAGUCCACAGUUUCUUCUAGUCCAGUGAAAGAUAAAAUAACACAAGCAAAUAAUACCAGACGUCCAACAAUACCUGAUAUGUUUCUGCAUGACCAAAUCCAAACUCGAAAAAUAACCGAUCAAAUGAUAACUGAUAACUAUGACCAACGUCAUCACUAUGAGCUAACUAGUGAUUCAAGUUAUCUCAGCGCAUUGCCUGCUAAUGAGAAUCAGGAAGAGGCAAUCCAAGACAAUACAAGCUAUUACAUGGCACAAAACUAUUUGAGGAUUGACAACUCCGAUUUCUUCUCAACUAAGAAAGUUAGUAAAUCUGAAGAAGAGGUCGACUGUGGCAGCACAUUAGGAAUACUCGUAAGUAUCAACAGAAAGAAAAGGGACAACCGAAUGAUAAGAACAGACCAUAAUUUAAAUAACACAAGAAGGAUUACAACGAAGAAAGUAACUAAAUCCCGAGAGAGUAAAGUCAUCACAACCAUUAUAGCUAUCGUCCUCGCAUUUAUCAUUACUGGAACACCAUACAAUAUCAUGAUGCUGUUAAGCACGUUCUGCUCAGUUUGUGUCCCUGAUACAAUGUGGACGAUUGGAUAUUGGCUUUGUUACAUCAAUAGUACCAUCAACCCAGCUUGCUACGCUCUAUGCAAUGCCACCUUUAAGAAAACAUUCAAAAAUAUUCUCUCGUGCAAGUACAAAAAUAUUGGUGCAACAAGAUGA